GAGAUGCAAUGACACCGAGGCAAUACGUAACUUCCUGUUUAAACAUGGCCGCGCACUGAGUAAAUGUCACAUUACUCCUGCUGCUGAAAACACACAGUUAUUAACUUUUAUUAUAUCACGUGUCCAAGUUAAUGAAAAGGAGACAUCUGGGAAUAGCAAGCGUUAUCGUGUUCAACAUCCGCAGAGGAUAACCCAACCGUCACCAUGGUUCAUUUAUCUUCACUUCUGCUAAAGAAGUACCACGGAGGUCACGUUGUCAUCCGAUUGGCUCUUGCAGGCCACAAACAAGCUAACAGACCCUUUUAUCGCGUUGUGGCAGCUUACAACAAAAAGCCAAGAGAUGGUAAAUAUUUAGAGCAGUUAGGCUCCUAUGACCCCCUCCCAAACAUCUACAAUGAGAAACUCGUCAGCUUCAACUUUGACCGAAUCAAGUACUGGAUCGGCUGUGGUGCACACCCUACAAAACCAGUGGCCAAACUUCUAGGUUUGGCAGGAUUUUUCCCUCUGCACCCCAUGACAAUAACAGAGGCAGAGCGUCGAAGAGCCCAAACGGUACUGACAGAACCUGCAACAGGAACAGAAGAUGGUCUGGAGACGGGACAGAAGGAGACUGAAGUCUGAGGCUGAAGAGAAUUAAAACUGAGGACUGUGUGUGACUGUCUAAAACAAAAGCAUGUUGCAGGUAUUUGAUUUGUUGAAUUUGUUGCGUGGACCGCUCAUAGCAAUGAUGUGUCUUACUGGCAAUUAAUAGCUCAUUCUAACUGCUUUAGUUGCUAUGAGCAGUUCAUCUUAAAACUGAUUCUCGAUAAAAAUUCAGUGGCUUCAGGUUAUGUCUUUGAGAGUGGAAUGCCAUAACAGGCAGUAUAUUGUAUUGUUUUGUUUGACUUAAAUAAAGUAUUUCAAUAUUA